AUGUCUUUACCUGAGUACGAUCCGGAUCCCACAAGAGCACAACGCGAAAUAUGGGAAGAUGAGCAGAAUAAGCUGCGGGAUCGGAUUGAAUUGCAAGACAAUGUCAGUUUCGAUCCCAUCAGUCUCGAGAAUUUGAAUCUUGUGGGUGGAGUAGAUGUCAGCUUUCGAGAGAAUGAUGAGGUACAUGCAGUAGCAUGUCUUGUUGUGAUGUCAUUUCCAGAUUGCAAAACAGUCUACACUGCCUUCCUUGAGACAAAGCUCCACCUGCCUUAUAUACCCGGCUUUCUAGCCUUUCGUGAAGCUGAACCUAUUCUCAAACUCCUCUCUGACCUCAAAGAACAAUCUCCCGAAUUGUUUCCGCAAUUGAUUUUGGUAGAUGGUAACGGCCGACUGCAUCCCAGAAUGUGUGGAAUAGCCUGCCAUGUAGGAGUUUUGGCCGAUUUGCCUACUCUUGGAGUAGGAAAGAACUUUUUGGUGAUUGAAUCUGAAGGACCUUUACUGCAGAUGAGCGUAAAAAAGACAUGCCAGCAGGAACUAAAGACAUGUGGGGAUCGAUUAGAUCUGGUGGGCACUUCUGGAACUAUAUAUGGGGCAGCAUUGAGGGCCACAGCUAGUUCAACGAAUCCAAUAUUUGUCAGCCAAGGCCAUCGAAUUAGUCUAGAUACUGCAAUUAGAGUAGUUUUAGCUACCUGUCAGUACAGAGUACCAGAGCCUAUUCGACAAGCAGACAAAUUGAGCCGAUCAUAUAUCCAUACUCACAAAAUUCAAUGAUUAAUUAGAGUGCCUUUUCUUUUAUAUAUAAAAAGGAAUAAAAGGAUAGCUUAAUUCUUAUUACCAUU